CUAUCCGAAAGCUUACAAUCUGGUUCCUGUUUCUCCGUGCACCAUGUGGUUGUUAACUGCAAUAUUUGUGGUGUUUCAGUUGUUCGAUUUUGGCCUUUCCGAAAGCAAAUAUAACGUAAGCUAUGCAGAUUUGGACAAGUGUAAACAAUUCAACGCAGUUAGCGGAUACAAUUACCACACCUUUUUCAAGCUAAAGGAUCUUGAAAAUCAUAACCUAGAUAACGAAACCAUCGUAAAUCUGCGUUUGUUUGUGGUGACAAAUAAGGACGCCCACAUCCUAUUGUCGGACGUCGAUUCUGCGUCUCCAGAAGCUACGAAUCAGGUUUACGAAAUAGUUAUUGGAGCCGGAGCAAACACGUUUAGCGAGAUAAGAAAACAACGCAAGAAGAAUCCACUGAAAACGAAAACGACAAAGGGCGUACUGUCGCCGAUCGAUCCGCUACCGCUGCGGAUCCGAAUCACCAAGGACGGUUUGAUCGAGGUCCUUAUUGAAGGUCAAGAUCUCCCUCUGCUGUCAGCCACCGACAAAAAUCUUAUCGAUGUACACUUUUUGAGUUUCAGUUCUUGGGGAUCUUCACAAGCGAAGUGGUUUUACGAUUGCCCAAGCAACUAUGACGAAGACGAAUCUGAAACGCGCCUUGAAGAAUACGAACCGGUUACUUUUAUGACACCGAUGGCGAAGUUACUCAACGAUCUGCAGAUGAACGUAUCCUUUAACGCACCUCAAUGGUACACGCCUAUCGAGCUGAAAAAAAUCGUUUUCACCCGAAUCGCUUACAAUUCGUGGAAAAACUCGUUGGAAACGAGAUCGCUAGUUAAGCUGUCUUGGCGAGACAAUCGAACCAUGUGGAUACCCCAGGAGCACGGUAACAUAACCAAAGUGAUCGGAUUUCAGUACCUAAUGUGGACACCGACGGUAGUCGUGGAAGAUGAGGCGGAAUCGGUAACCAACGAGCUGCUGGGAAUCGACCACAUGUCCUUCACCUACGAUGGCUACUUCCAGUCCGUCUCGCGGGAGAUACAGACGGAAACGUUCUGCUCGGCUGGGGAAUCGCUUGACUGGCCCUACGAAACCAAUGUGUGCAAUGUGAUUCUCAGCACCGACUCACCCCUAGCACCAUUGAAGGUGACUUCGGAUGUCGUGAGCUUUCACCCUAACAUCAUUCAAUCCGACUGGAGCGUGGAAAGCAUAACCAAACAUGAAAACACGAACUACAAUGAUCUGUUUCUUCUCGAUGAUGGCAGCCCUAGACAGGAAACCAUCUUGAAGCUGCAUCUGAAGCGAAACAAUGAAUUCUAUGACACAGUCCUCUAUGCUCCGUAUUUCAUGUCUAAUGUUAUGAUUCUGGCAUCGCUCUGGUUGGAAGGUAUGCUGAGGAUCUGGUCGAAUGGGUUCGGAAUCCUGAUAUUAGUGGUCACGUUUCUUCAAAUGUCCGGCUAUGUUCCACAAACAGCCAAUCCCACGAUUUUCAACUUUUUUCGCUGCACUCUGGUUUGUUCCUGGCUGUGUGUGGUCCUUUUUGUGCUAGACGCGUGGCUGCGGACGUAUGGACCGAAGAUGACUCCCGAUUCGUGGUUGGCUCGAUUCAUCAGUUAUCCCCACCUGAGAACGGUGCUUCGCUUAGACGGGGCUUCGAAUUACGGUAGGCUACAUCAGCGAAAUCUAGAAUGGCGUGACUUUGCGAAAGUGCUGGAUCGCGCUGUGUUUUUAGUGAUGAGUGGAGUUUUCAUUGCGUCGUGCUUCAAGACAAUCUGAAGGAAACUUGGGUAAGAAAUCUGAUUCUGACAAUUAUUAGUACUAAGAGAGAAAACUAUAACUUGUGUAAACACAAGUGUAAAAAUAAAAAUAUUGCAGUUUG